GAGAAUGGCCAUGUGAUCUACAACGGGGACAUGACCCCCAAAGUGGGGGUGGAUGUGGCACCCCAAAAUGGGAACGGCUCAGCUGAACCCCCCAAGGAGGAGAGCGAGGGUGAACCAGGAGGAGGAGGAGAUGCCAUCGAACCCGCUCCCCCCUCCGAAGGGGCAGAUGCCAAACCCGAAGGGGCUGCAGCCCCCAAGGAUGCCCCCAAGAAGAAGAAGAAGUUCUCGUUCAAGAAAUCCUUCAAGCUGAGUGGGAUCUCCUUUCGGAAGAACAAGAAGGAAGGUGGAGACUCCUCGGGCUCCUCUCCCACGGAGGAGCAGGGCAAGGGUGCACAAUGCUGCCAGACUCACUGGAUCUGCAAGAUCUUGGAAAACUGA